CUCGUUAGCACAUUACGUAUAUACUGUGCAUAUAUAUGUCCAGUAAUCAGUUUUUAUUUGCAGAAGCAGAAGGUUAUUCUUUUUGUGAUUAAGUUCCAUAAUUUUAAAUUAUCGUGUUCCUACUACUUUAAGUUUUUUAAUAGUUUAUUUAUUAUUUGUUAAUUAAUAUUUAAUUGUAAAAAUAUGUCGUCUCCUUGGGCAAAAAUUGCGACCCCAGAACCAGUGAAUUUUGAAGAUAUUUUAUCUGAAGAAAUUGCUAAGGAAAUUCAAUCUAAAGAAGAUCAAAAAUAUGCUAAAAAGGUUCUGAAGGAAUUAAGGGAGGCUGAAGGCAUCAAUUCUCCAGAUCCUCCACCGAUUUUAUUUGCAGAUGAAAAUGCAACAUACAAAUCUGAUGAAGCGAUUGCCAAGAUGUUACAGAAGCAGUACGAUUUGGAGUAUGAUGAUAUGUUAAAAAAGACAGAAAAUAAAUUUAACGGUGAUUCCAAAGUGUCCAUAUCAUUCAGUAAUUAUCGUAGGGCACAUGACCAAGAAGCCAGUGAUUUAGAAGAAGAUGGGUUUUUGGAAGAUCCUAGUGAGAAGAGAGAUUGGGAUAGGUUUGAUUAUGUUGAGAGACAGUUCAAUAUUAUUCCAUCUUGUGGAUACAGAAUGAAAGAAGAUGGGACAAUGGUCACUAAACAUGAUAUGGUAAUGAGUGGUACACGAAAUGCAUGCAAAAUGAUGAAUUUUCCACCUGAUUUUCAUACCGGUGAUGGAGCAGGAUUUGAUUUGCAAAUGUCUAAUAAAGUAUUCAACAGCUUGAAAAUAUACUCCUCUAAGGAAGAAGCACGAAGAAAACGCAUGAAAGAUAAGAAAGAAGAUCGUGCAACAGCUGAGUUUGGAAUUGACCAGUUCACUCGUAUUCUUUUAUUUAAAAUAAUUAACAAUCGCAUCCUAGAAAAUAUAAAUGGCAUUAUUAGUAUAGGCAAAGAAGCUGUAAUAUUACAUGCCGAAAGUGACCCAUCAUAUUCUGAUGCCAUACUACCAAAGGAAUGUGUCGUUAAAGUUUACAAAACAAUUUUGUCUGAAUUCAAACAAAGAGAUCAAUAUAUUAGAGAUGAUUACCGUUUUACAGAGCGUAUGGGCAAGCAGACUAUGCGAAAAACUAUGUACCUUUGGGCAGAGAAGGAAAUGCAUAACUUGAAUAGGAUGAAAAGGGUUGGAAUACCUUGCCCAGAAGUCGUAUACUUGAAGCACCACGUCUUGGUAAUGAGUUUUAUAGGAGAAAAUCAUAAGCCAGCACCUAAAUUAAAGAAUGCAACAUUGGAUGAAUGUGAAUAUGAAGAUGCCUAUCAUCAAGUGAUAGAAAAUAUGAAAAUUUUAUAUCAAAAAGCUAAGCUUAUUCAUGCUGAUUUAUCAGAGUACAAUAUCUUGUGGUAUAAAGGCAAAUGCUAUUUUAUUGAUGUUGGUCAGUCAACAGAACCCAGACAUAUAGGUUCAUUUGGAUUUUUGAUGAGGGAUUGUGAAAACGUUUGUAAUUUCUUCCAACGUAAAGGAGUUCCUAAUGUAAUAGAGCCUGAGAAGUUAUUCUUUGAAAUAACUGGUUGUGAAUUUGCGGAUCGGUUGGCCCUUGAAGCUGUAGAAAGUAAAUAUAAAGCGAAACCUCAUUUGGCAAACCUUGAAGAUACUGACUCGCCAUUGGUAGAUGAAUUUGAAGAAACCUGGCAAAGGGUAAAAAGUGGAGAAUUGGCCAAAACAGUUCAGGUAGCCGAUAAACCUGUUGUACCCUUAGUGGAGACUCCAGCAAAUUAAAAGUUUUGCAGUAAAGAAUGCUAAUGUAUAUAUAUAUAUAUACUUAGAUGUAAAUUGACAGAAAAUGGCUU